UCUCUCCAAAAGAACAGACUUUAUAAGCUUCCCCUCUAUAAAAGACUCGUGGACAAGCCGAAACGCUUAGCCCCUCAUCGUGUAAGCUCUCUCUUUCUCUUUGUGGUUUUCUUUUUCUUUGCUUCCAAAAUCGAAACUUUCGGCAUUGUCACGCGGAAAUCGGCAUGACGGCGAAGAAGUGCGACCACCACCACGAGGAGGAGGAGAGCCCCCUCCACCGGCGGCUCUUCUCCCUCUUCCUCGGCCUUGUCGUCCUCAUCCUCUUCAUCGUCUUUCUCGUCUUCCUCAUCCUCCGCCCCGCCAAGCCCGCCUUCGUCCUCCGCGACGCCACCAUCUACCAGUUCAACGCCUCCGCUGCUCCGAGCCUCCUCAACACCAACAUGCAGGUCACGCUGUCGUCCCGGAACCCCAACGAGAGGAUCGGCAUCUACUACCAGAUGCUCGACACAUACGUGUCGUACCGGGGGCAGCAGAUAUCGCUGCCGACGCUGCUGCCGGAUAGCUACCAGGGGCACAAGGAGGUGAUCAACUGGUCGCCGUUCUUGUACGGGAGCGCCGUGCCGGUAUCGCCAUUCCUCACGGCAGCUCUGGAGCAGGACCGCAACGCGGGGAGCGUGCUGGUGGACAUAAAAGUGGACGGACGUGUGAAGUGGAAGGUUGGGACGUGGGUAUCCGGCAAGUAUCAUCUCCAUGUCAACUGUCCAGCUUUGCUGGUGUUCAAAGAACCGUGCUGCGGCAUCGCUGUUGGACCCUCCGUGAAGAUUCAGGUCACUCAACACUGUACUGUUGAUGUGUAGAGAGAGAAACUGUGGAAGUGUUGGAUCUCUCUCUCUCUCUCUCUCUCUCUCUCAAUGUGAUUUGUUUCCUUCUUCCUCUCUUUUUCUUCUCCCUAGUAAUUGAAAAUGCAUCAACUGAGGUAAAUUUCAGUUUCUCUUCUUCGUCUUC